AACUACAGUACCCACACGGCACCGGUGCAGCCUACAGUACAUUCUGUUGCUUAUCCGGGGAUGUCACACUGCUGCUAUUUUCUCUCCUCAGUCCCUCUCACUCUCAGCCUACAGCGGACUGACACGGGGCUUUGGAUAGAAAGAGACGAACAAUAAGAUUCCAGACAGAGGCCAAAGAUGGCAGAGCUUGGAGCGGGAAGUCUGCCGUUAGGAGACCCUGCUUUUAAUUACCAGGAACACGAGCUGAACGAACGUCUGAAACGUCUUUACCCGGCUGUGAACGAGGAAGAGACCCCAUUACCCCGAUUCUGGAGCCCAAAGGAUAAAUACAGCUACAUUGGACUGUCACAGAACAACCUGCGGGUCCAUUACAAAGGCCAUGGUAAGAAUCACAAGGAUGCAGCGUCCGUGCGAGCGACACACCCAAUUCCUGCUGCAUGUGGGAUUUACUACUUUGAAGUCAAGAUUGUCAGCAAAGGUCGAGAUGGCUACAUGGGCAUUGGCCUGUCAGCCCAGGGAGUCAACAUGAACAGGCUGCCUGGAUGGGACAAACACUCAUAUGGUUACCAUGGAGAUGAUGGACACUCCUUCUGCUCCUCUGGGACUGGCCAACCAUAUGGGCCAACAUUCACCACAGGAGAUGUCAUUGGCUGCUGUGUUAACCUCAUUAACAACACUUGCUUUUACACCAAAAACGGCAUCAGUUUAGGUGUAGCCUUCACAGACCUUCCUCCCAACCUGUACCCCACUGUGGGGCUCCAGACACCAGGUGAGAUUGUAGACGCUAACUUUGGCCAGCAGCCAUUUGUGUUCGACAUUGAGGACUACAUGAGUGAAUGGCGGGCCAAGAUCCAUGGCAUGAUAGCACGGUUCCCCAUAGGAGAAAGGCUGGGAGAGUGGCAGGCAGUCCUGCAGAACAUGGUAUCCAGCUAUCUGGUGCACCAUGGAUACUGUGCAACAGCAACUGCCUUUGCCAGAGCCACAGAGACCAUGAUACAAGAGGACCAGACAUCUAUAAAGAACAGACAGAGAAUACAAAAGCUGGUGCUGGCAGGACGGGUCGGUGAAGCUAUAGAGGCUACUCAGCAGAUUUAUCCGGGUCUGUUAGAACAUAACCCCAACCUGCUAUUCAUGUUAAAGUGUCGUCAGUUUGUGGAGAUGGUAAACGGUACAGACAGUGAAGUUCGCUGCUUGAAUAUUCGCUCCCCCAAGUCCCAGGACAGUUACUCAGGCUCACCCAGCCUUAGCCCCCGCCACGGAGUCAGCAACACACACCUGCACACCGGUGGAGCAGAUAGCCCUACCUGCAGUAAUGGGGUAACUCCUCCCAACAAGUCAAAGAGACACGGCGGCACCAGCAGUAGCAGCGUCAAAUACCCCAGCGCGUCCUCCUCCGCCUCCUCCUCCACCUCCUCCUCCCCCUCCUCUGUAAACUACUCUGAGUCUAACUUCUCAGACUCCACCAAGAGCCAACCACACAGUACCAACAGCACCCAGGAAACAAGUGACAGUGAGAUGGAGAUAGAAGCAGAGCACUAUACCAAUGGGGUUGUUGAGAGCUCAUCAGCAAGAAUUAUGAAUGGCACAUACAAACAUGAAGAGAUCCUUCAACCAGAUGACAACAGUAUCAGUAACGGGUUCGCAGAUGACUGUAGUAAUGGCAAACAGCUUUGUGGUGGGAACCAGGCGGCCACAGAGAGAAUGAUUCAGUUUGGACGGGAGCUACAGGCACUGAACGACCAGCUGUGCCGGGAAUAUGGCAAGAAUGCCACACACAAGAAAAUGCUUCAGGAUGCAUUCAGUCUGUUGGCAUACUCUGACCCGUGGAGCUGUCCCGUUGGUCAGCAGCUGGACCCCACACAGAGAGAAUCACUCUGCUCUGCACUUAACAGCGCCAUACUGGAGUCCCAAAACCUGCCUAAACAGCCUCCUUUGAUGUUGGCACUGGGUCAGGCCACAGAGUGUGUUCAACUCAUGGCCCGAGUCCGGUCUGGUUCCUGCUCAUUUGCCAGAGUAGAUAACUUUUUGCACUAGCCCAGGUCCAAGUAAUGUUAAGUAGCACUGAGGAAAGGCAUGUCCAGCAGGCAGUUGUCAUGGCGAUGGAGGGAUAAGUAUGCUGUGAUUUGUGUGUUUGGCUGCCUGUCAGGCCAAAACAUCACCGCAGACAUAGGAGAGCAAGAGAGAGAGAGAAGAAAGCUUCCUUUUAAUUUAGUAUUAUCAAAUAAAAAAUGUGUGACACUAUUUAAAAAAAAAAUUCUGUUUAUCUAGUCUUUUUAGUUCUUUUAUGUCUGUUUGUUGUGCUCAUCCUGGACAAAACAAAAUGUUAUACUCCUUCCUAUUUUUCUUCUGGGUGCAUUUUGAUUCCUUACUAUCAGUAUUGUACUCACAUGUUGUUAUUGUUCACCAUAUCAUACACCAAAGUACCCACAGCUGGUUACACGUCUGUCCCCAUCCCCAUGGUAUCCCUGUGGUAUUAUGUGCAUUAUAGAAGACUGACCGACAGAUUUUGUAGUAGUAACUUUGAGCCUCCAGAAAUAUACAUUGAGUUUGGAAGCAUUUAUGAGUUCAUAUACAAAUAUAAUACAUUGCUAUAUGUUAAACAAAAACGAGUCCCCAAAUUAUUCCAGAAAGUUUGGUGGCUGUAUUUUGUUGCCUUCCUUAACCCUAGUCAUGUUGAGAAUAAAGUCCUGUGAGCUAACAGGUGAGUAGCCAAAGAACAAGACACAUCCUGAAAAACAUCACCUGUGUAUAAAACAUAAUUGGGGGGUCUCUCUAGUGGCGAACUCUGCCAGUAACCAAGGGAAAAAGGUGAUGAUAAGGGAUUCAAUUGGAAUAUUAUAGGUGUUGGGGCCUUAAUUUCACUGUAACAACCACUGCAUCGACCAAUCAGUGAUGCGGUUGCAGGUGGCAGCACACGGCCCCAGCUGCACCUGUAACGGCCGCUCUCAGUACUGAGCCUAACACUAUUAUCAUAGUCACCUUGAUGCCAGCAUGGAGAAAAUCAGUAGCAAAGGCUGACUAACAAGCACAGUGUGUGUACGGCUAAAAGUCAAGCCCCCUCCCGUGCAUUCAUUACCUCAGUCUUUUUUUUCUCUACGGUCCACAGUCUGCAUGGACACAGUAUCUGUUCAUAUUCCUUUGCAAUUAAAAUUUAAAAUAACAAGAUCAAGGCAUUGGUCGAAACGGAAAAGUUUUAUUUUUAGUGCAGACAAUUAAAUCUGUAUCUUUUUUUUCAAUUUCAAAUCACACAAAUGUGGAAACCAGUCCAGUUGCUGGGAGCACACGGACCAUUUCAUUUCUUACACCCAUAACCCUAACUUUUCUAUAUAGACAAGAGUGAAAGGUCAGAGUUUGAAAGGUAUGAAAAAUAAAAUGAAGUAAUUAAGAAGAACAUUUUAAUUGUCCUGGAUGGCUGCUGUGAGAUUUACACACUGCCCCUCCUGUAACAUUAAAUAGGGUGAUCAUUUGUUUCUAAAAUCCUUAAGUGUUUCUUUUUUCUUACACCCCAAAGCAUAAGAUUAUUUUCAACUUCACCUCCUUUUCAGAAAUAUUAUAUAGAGAACUAAUAUAUUUAAUAUGAAAUAGUACAUUUAUUUAAAAAUGAACUGAAAUUUUUAGCAGCACUAAUGAAUUCUGAAAUAAUGUUAUUACACAUCAGUUUGAAUUAAUGUCACUUACCUUAUUUUGAAUCUCUAGCUUUUUUCCUCUAGGUUCAGAAACCACUACCCUGUUAUAGCCAGUUAGCUCUUCUUAGCUACUAGCUAACUCGCCAGUAGCUCAAACGUUUAAAGGAGAUCACUUGUUGCUUACGUGCAUAAACGAGCAGCACAGUAACGGUUUGCCUUUUUUUUUAGCUUAAUGUUGCUAAACUAGCUCUUGGCCAUCUAACGCACUAGCCUGGCUGGUAAUCUGGGUUUUUGGCUUAGCCAUUAACCUCAGUUAAAGAACAGAUAUUAUUAGCAACAGCUAAUGUUAGUCGGUUUACUAAUGUGAGACUGAGCAAGCACAAAGCUUUUGAUUUCUUUAGCUUAAGGGCUAGCUAGCUAACUGCUAAUAAUUGGGUUGACUGAACUACUUGUGUAAUAUUGGGCAUCUUUUAUAUAGUUUAUAUUUAAACUCUUUGUAUUCUGUUUCUGCAUGUAUCAAACAAAACACACAAUUUCCAAAGUAGCUCAACCUCUAUCAUUGAUUGACUACCCAACUAAACAUAAUUGAGCUUCUUUGUUUUUUUUUUUUCUUUACCAAAUGAGGAUGACUGAAUGUUUGAUUAGUGACUGCUUUAUUGUGACCUUAUAAACGGCAUCUGGAUCCAUCCUGAAGUGUAUAUUUGAAUUCAUAAACACAAACAGUAGGGAAAUAUGGGCUCCUAUGAUACGGAGGAUUUGUAAAUGCAGUGUGGGGUUUCAUACAGGGUAUGUGGCCAGAUUUUCUUUUACCCAGCUGAUUUUAAUAAACACCUUCUGCUAAAUGGGAACUAUGCUACUAACUACACAUACUGCUGAUACAUGGCACCUGCUUUUCCAGCUAUAACGGACUUCUGUUACACCCAAUGUAUGAGGAGAAACAACCUCUGUUGCAUACCUGUACUGUAGGGAACAAGUCUCCCAGCUUUCCUUUGUGUUUUAGCCUGGGCUGCAUCUCAACACUGUUACCACACACCCUUCCUCUACUGUCUGUGUAGACAUAGCCACUGACAUGAUCAGUGAUUGUUUUGAGAAAGGAAGGGAUGUGAGCAGUUUUUUCGCAAUGGGCCCUGAGGCCUCUGACGCUACCUGUACCAGAGUGCAGCAUUUAGGCAUCAAAGACAAGCUGUGCAUAAUUGACUUAUGUAACGAUUAUAAUUUCAUGUUUUGAAUUUUAAGUUUUAGCCAAAAAAUUGUGAAAUGAGUUACCCUCUACUUAGCAUGACUUUUAAUCUGUAAAAUGAUAUUGAAAAAAGUCAAAAUAAUUGAAAAAAUAUCUAUGUACUGGAAACAUGUUUAAAAAAAGAUAUUGUAUUCUGUUUAAUUUUGACAGAAUUAUUUUUAUUAAAAUACACCCAUAAGCAUA